AGCAACCGAGAAAGAGCACGUUGUAGUCUCUUUCUGGGAUUAUUCCUUUAGCUGCAGUGCUUUGCACACCACAUACCCAGUCAUAUCACAUCAUGGAGGGUGCAACUUCAAGCAAGAAGAGAAAGAUUUGCCAUGAUGAUGAAGUAGAAGAAGAGGAUGAAGAGCAAAAAAUUGACAAGUUCUUUGCUCUUAUCAAAAGUAUUCGCGAGGCACGUGAGCAUUUGAUAAAUAGCUCGAAUAAUAUUGCAUUGAACAGCCAGAGAAAGAAGAGUAAAUUUGCUGAGGAAGAGAAGAAGCAAAUUGCAGUUUGGAAGCCCUCGUUCCAACAUGAAGAUUUCCUGGAAGAGGGUGUAGCAGCUGAGUUCAAGAAACCUCCUGUGACCGUGACCUUAGUGGGUUCUUCUAGAAGAGAAGGAGGAGCUGAUGAUCGGAAAGGAAAUGACAAAGAAAGCUUAGACCUAAGGCUUUCACUGUAGUCUAUGUUGGACCAAAGUUUGGAAUAUAGGGUGGUGAUGAUUACAUGUUGAAACUAGAAGUGGCUUUGUUCCAAUUCCAAUCAACCAUAUUUUGAUGGUGAGAAGGGUAUUUUAAAAUACUGUAUUGCUUGCAGCACUUACCAUUUGAUCAUGUGCCUUGUAGAAUCACAAUCAUUAUGCAGUAGUAUAUGCAGUUGGUGACAUUUUACUUUUGUCCCACAAUCAAUUACGUUUGUAGAACUGAUAAAUGUAUGAAAUCGAGGUCCAGGUCCUUUUAUUUAUAUAUUUAUUUCUUUUUUGGACAAACAUCAAUUUUUUUUGUUGCA